AUAUAUAUAUAUAUAUUAAAUAUCAUUAAUACAUUUGAAGAGUUACAAUCAAAUUAAUACAAAUGUUUAGGACUUCAUUAUCUGGAACAAAUACUUUAAUUUUGCUUUUGUUCAAAACAGGCAAUUAUUUAUUAGCAAUCAAUUAGCAAUUAAAUUGUAAUGUCUAAUAAUAUAACAAAUGAACACAUUCUUUAAUCCGAAGAAUUUGGUGAAAUUAAUACUUUUGGCCAGAAGAGGGCAAUCUUGUCAACUAUUUAAAGCAUGUUUUCAGCUGUUCGCCAUGUUAUACCUUCACACUCCUCCCUCUGACUCACUAAAAGCACCCUCCCAUCAUUUCACUGACUAACAAAGAACAGCUGCUGUUUAUAUGAAAAACCCAGGGAUAUUUUAAAGGAUUAUUUUCUUGUCAAAGGAUCAACAUCAACACAGAAGACUCAUGGAUUUUUAAAAGGAUCUAUAUUCUAUUUUAUUUAAAUAAAGGGAUCUAAGAUAUGGACCUCCAAAGCCCAGGAAAGGAUUGGAAAUGGCAAGUAGUAUAUUUCUUUUUCCUGUAUAGCUGGGGCUGGGCCUCUGGGCAGCUUCGAUAUUCUAUUGCAGAGGAGUCAGAGCCAGGAACAUUGGCAGGGAAUGUGGCUCAGGAUUUGGAGUUAAACCUGGCAGAUAUUGAAAAACGGAAACUGAGUUUAAGAUCUGGUGAUAAUGACAGAUAUUUUAUUGUUGACCAGAAAACUGGAGCUUUUGCUGUUAGAAAUAGGAUUGAUAGAGAAAGCCUUUGUGGUUCCAGUUUAACAUGUUUAUUGCCUUUGGAGCUUGGCAUUGAAAAGCCUUUUGAACUGUUCAGUGUAGAAAUAGAAAUAUUGGAUAUUAAUGAUAAUGCUCCCACUUUCUCAUCAGCUGAUCAAAUAAUAAAAAUUAUUGAGAUGUUUGCAAAUCCAGGUGUUCGAUUUCCUCUAGAUACUGCUGAGGAUUCUGAUGUAGGAAUCAAUGGUAUUAGCCAGUACAAGAUCAGCCCAAACCCAUUCUUUUCAUUGUCUUUAAAGAAUCGGAAGGAUGGCUCACUCAUUGCAGAAUUAGUGCUUGAAAAAAAGUUAGAUAGAGAGGAAAAAGGGCAACAUGAUUUAUUGCUGACUGCAUUUGAUGGAGGAGAACAACCAAGAUCUGGUUCCACCCAGAUAACCAUCAUAGUCCUAGAUGUUAAUGACAAUGCCCCAGUGUUUGACCAGCCAAAUUAUAAAAUCACUUUAGUAGAAAAUCUCCCAAUAAGGACAGUGGUUGUGAAGCUUAACGCCACAGAUCCAGAUGAAGGAGAUAAUGCUGAAAUAGGUUACUUUUUUGAUCAUCACACGUUACCUGCAGCAAAAGAAAUAUUUGAUUUAAAUUCAAACACAGGUGAAAUAUGUCUCAAAGGAUUAGUGGAUUUUGAAGAGUCACAUUUUUAUGAGUUAUUUGUCAAAGCAAUAGAUAAAGGCACACCACAACAAGAGGGACGCUGCCUCGUCCAGAUUGAAGUGGAGGAUAUAAACGAUAAUAGCCCAGAAAUUAUUUUCACCUCAAAUACUAAUGAAGUGCCUGAAGAUGCUCCCAUAGGAACUGUGGUUGGAUUUAUCACUGUGAGAGAUAAAGACUCAGGAAAAAAUGGAGAAGUACAGUUGGACGUAUCAUCAAAUUUGCCUUUUAAAAUUCAACCCUUCAAAAACAGAUAUUCAUUGGUGACUAGUGAAUAUUUGGACAGAGAGAAGACUGCACAAUAUACUAUUCAAGUUACAGCUUCUGAUUUAGGUUCUCCUGCAUUAAGCAAUCAGACUGUGAUAGUUCUUAAUAUUUCAGAUUUCAAUGAUAAUCCUCCCAUUUUUUCUCAGGCUGUUUACACUGCCCAUAUAAAAGAAAACAAAGAACCCGGUGCUUUAUUAUGUACUGUUUCUGCCACUGAUCCCGAUGAAGGAUCAAAUUCUGAUCUGACUUAUUCAAUAUUUGAAAGUCAAAUUGAUGGCUCUUCUGUAUCUUCAUUUGUGUACAUCAAUCCAAAAAUUGGUGACAUUUAUGCCCAGGGUUCCUUUGACUAUGAACAUUUUCAAGUUCUUACUGUCACUGUAAGAGUGGGAGAUUCUGGAUCUCCAAAAUUAUUUUCAAAUGUGUCAGUCUACAUAUUUAUUUUGGAUACAAAUGAUAAUGCUCCCACUGUGCUGUAUCCAGGGGAUUCAAAGGGAUUUAUAGCCCAAGAGAAGAUUCCCCAGUCUGCAUCUGCUGGUUAUUUGGUUAGCAAAAUAUCUGCAAUGGAUUUGGACUCUGGACACAAUGCUUGGCUUAGCUACAGGAUUAUUGAGCCUGUAACUCAAACUUUAUUUGAGAUCUCUCAAUAUACAGGAGAAAUAAGGAUAAUUCGAAGUUUCCUUGAAAUGGAUAAUACUGAGCAACAUCUUGUCAUUUCAAUCAGUGACCAUGGGGAACCAACAUUAUCAUCGACUGUUACAAUGAUUAUAAAUGCUGUUGACACCAUUGCACAAGACUUACCACAAUCUCAGGACUUGAUCCCAAAUUCUCAAACAUCCCCAAAUUUGACCCUAUAUUUAAUAAUUUCACUGGUGGCCAUAAGUUUAGUUUCUCUUAUUACUUUCCUCAUUUUUCUUGUGAAAUGCUUAAAAAAGGAUAGUUAUGGAAGUAGCAGUGGAUUUUGCUUUUCACGCAAAUACCAGGCCAAGCAUUACACAGACCAAUAUAAACCAACACUUUACCUGAACACAUGGGACUUUGAAAUACAUGGAAGUGAGGAUGGUUUCUCCCGAAUCACAGGGGCAAUGUUAUCAAGCUUGUUUCCCUACUGCUUCUGAAAGAAAUGAGUUUACUUUCAUGGCACCUACAGAUUUUCCCCAGGUAAUGAAUUUUAAUGUGUAAACUAUAGU